AUGCAGGACAUCGAAGAUGCAGGAUACCCAGGGGCCGCGGCGGCAAGCAAGUCGAUCACCGUGAAGCUGCCCAAGAUCACUUCCAAAGAUGUGGAGGGCUUCAAGGCUGCGUACGAGGCGCACGUCAAGGAUCGUGAAGUGCAAGGCAUUCCGCCGCUCCCCUUGGAUGCAAAGCAGGUGCAGUGUGUGGUUGAGCUGCUAAAGGCUCCGCCGGCCGGCCAGGAGAAAUUCCUCUUGGACCUGCUCCGAAGCCGUGUUCCACCAGGGGUGGAUGAUGCCAGCUACGUCAAGGCCAACUUUCUACGGGACAUUCUGAAGGGUCUGGUGACAAGCCCGCUCAUCACCAAGCCACAGGCAGUGGAGAUGCUGGGGUGGAUGCAGGGGGGCUACAACGUCCAGCCUUUGGUGGAGGCGCUGGACCUGGAUCAGGAGCUGGCCGAGUUGGCAGUGACAAGUUUGUCGCGCACCCUGCUGAUGUUUGACGCUUUCUAUGACGUUGAAGAGAAGAUGAAGGCAGGGAACGCGUUCGCGAAGAAACUGAUGGAGUCUUGGGCAAAGGCUGACUGGUUCAACAGCAGGAAGGGUAUUCCUGACAAGGUGACGCUGACAGUCUUCAAGGUGUCGGGUGAAACAAAUACAGAUGACCUCUCUCCAGCGCCCGACGCCUGGUCCAGACCCGAUAUCCCUCUGCACGCCCUGGCCAUGCUGAAGUUCCCGCGGGAAGGCAUCACGGACGCCUCCAAGCAGAUCACAGAACUGAAGCAGAAGGGAUUCCCACUGGUCUACGUGGGCGAUGUUGUGGGAACAGGCUCCUCCCGCAAGUCGGCCACAAAUUCCAUCCUGUGGUACAUGGGUGACGACAUCCCCUUUACACCGAACAAAAGGACUGGUGGAUUCGUCUUUGGGGGUGUCAUUGCUCCCAUCUUCUUCAACACCAUGGAGGACUCAGGCGCGCUGCCUGUGGAGAUGGACGUAAAGGACAUGAACAUGGGGGAUGUGAUCGAUGUCUGCUUCAAAGAAGGCGUCGUCAAGAAACAUGGCACAGAUACGGUUGUCUCAAGAUUCUCCUUGAAGUCGGAUGUCUUGCACGAUGAAGUCCAGGCUGGUGGCCGCAUUCCUCUUAUCAUCGGACGAGGGCUGACAGGAAAAGCAAGGGAGGCACUAAAGUUGGAGCCGUCCAAGGUGUUCAGGUCCAUGAAGCAACCGGACGUGAAAGUGAAAGGCUACACACUCGCCCAGAAAUUGGUGGGUAAGGCCUGUGGUGUGCCCGGUGUGGUACCUGGCGCCUACUGUGAGCCCAGCAUGGGAGCUGUCGGAUCUCAGGACACGACCGGCCCCAUGACCCGAGACGAGCUGAAAGAUCUCGCUUGCCUCGGCUUCUCUGCAGACUUGACCAUGCAGUCCUUCUGCCACACCGCAGCCUACCCCAAGCCGGUGGAUGUCACCACGCACCAAACCUUGCCGAAGUUCAUCGCUGACCGAGGUGGCGUGGCCUUGCGACCGGGCGAUGGCAUCAUCCACUCGUGGCUGAACCGGAUGCUGCUGCCAGACCAGGUUGGAACCGGCGGGGACUCGCAUACUCGAUUUCCCCUGGGCAUCUCCUUCCCGGCGGGCUCGGGCCUCGUCGCCUUCGCGGCUGCCACAGGCGUCAUGCCUCUGGACAUGCCAGAGAGCGUCCUUGUCCGCUUCAGUGGGAAGAUGCAGCCGGGCGUCACAUUGCGAGAUCUGGUGCACGCGAUCCCCUACUCUGCCAUCAAGAAGGGCCUCUUGACGGUCGAAAAGAAGGGCAAGGUGAAUGCCUUCAACGGACGCGUCCUUGAAAUCGAAGGUCUGCCAGAUUUGAAGUGUGAGCAGGCGUUUGAGCUUUCGGAUGCCUCAGCCGAGCGCUCUGCUGCUGGCUGCACGAUCAAGCUCAACAAGGAGCCUGUUAUCGAGUACCUGAAGUCGAACAUCGUCCUCCUCAGGUGGAUGAUUGCGAAGGGCUACAGUGAUCCCCGAACUCUCUCCAGGCGCGUAGCCAAGAUGGAGGAUUGGCUGGCAAAUCCACAGCUCAUGGAGGCGGACAAGGAUGCCGAGUAUGCUGCUGUGCUCGAGAUCAAUAUGGACGAGAUCAAAGAGCCCAUCCUUUGCUGCCCCAACGAUCCGGAUGAUGCCAAGAUGCUUUCCGAGGUGCAAGGUGCCAAGAUCGACGAGGUCUUCAUUGGCUCCUGCAUGACCAACAUUGGCCACUACCGUGCUGCGGGCAAGAUUCUGGCGCAGUGCGAGAAGCAACUGCCCACCAGGCUGUGGAUUGCGCCCCCAACCAAGAUGGAUCAGGAGCAGCUCACCAAGGAGGGCUUCUACGCAACCUACGGCAAGGUCGGGGCCCGAACCGAGUUGCCUGGCUGCUCGCUGUGUAUGGGGAACCAGGCCCGUGUCGCAGACGGCUGUACCGUUGUGUCCACCUCCACGCGGAACUUCCCGAACCGCUUGGGAAAGGGUGCCAACGUGUACCUGGCCUCGGCCGAGCUUGCUGCGGUGUCGGCGAUGCUGGGAAGACUGCCGACCCCGGAGGAGUAUUUGAAGUACCACGCAGAGCUGGGCAAGAAUGAGGCCCAAAUCUACAAGUACUUGAACUUCGACCAGGUGGAAGACUACACGGAUGUGGCAGCCAAGGUCACAAGUUCCUGA